AUGGAUUAUGCUGCAUUUGGUGAUGUAUUGGUAUUUGAUACAACUUAUCGUACAAAUGCAUAUAAGAAGCCAUUUGUAAUUCUAGCUGGCGUGAGUAACCAUUUUAUGACAACUAUAUUCGGAUGUGCUUUGUUGCCUGAUGAGACAAUGGAGACAUACACGUGGGUGUUGGAAAUGUUAAUGGACGCCAUGGAUGGUAAAAGACCCAUCUCCGUUGUAACAGAUGGUGAUAGGGCAAUGCGUCAGGCAAUCAACAGAGUUAUUCCAAACUGCAGACAUCGUUUAUGUUCUUGGCAUCUGGAGAAAAAUGCCUCAACAAAUGUCCACAUACCAGAAUUUACAACCGAUUUUGCACAGUUGAUGUUAAAGAAAUGUAAAAUUGAUGAGUUUGACAAUGCUUGGGCUGCUAUGGUGAAACAGUACAAGUUGGAGAACAAUAACUGGGUGUUGGAUAUUCAUCUACAGCGUGAUAAUUGGGCUGAGGCAUAUCUUUGUGGUCACAUGUUUGCUGGAAUGAGGAGCACUCAACGUGUCGAGGGUAUGAAUGCAUAUUUCAAUAUAUUCCUAAACCAAAAGGUUAGGUUGUACGAAUUUGUAGCGCAAUAUGAUAGGGCUCUUGCUAGAAUGCGUGUUAAUGAGGCAGAAACAGAAUCUAAAACAGAGAAUAGUUUCCCGGUUUUGACUACGCCAUUGAGAAGUUUGGAGAAACAUGCAGCUGAACUCUUUACUCGGAAGAUUUUCUCAUUGUUUCAACAUGAAAUCAGGAAAGAGGGUAAAUUGUUUGUGAUUGAAAGAGUUCAGCGGGAGGAUCAUCGCACCUACCGUUUUGGUGAGUACAAGGCACCAACAUGCACGUGGACGGUUGAGUAUUUUCCAGCUGAUAUCACAAUGAAAUGUUGUUGCUUGAAGUUUGAGUCAUUCAGCAUCCCUUGCUGCCACAUGAUUGCUGUUAUGAAAUCUGAACAAUUAAUGUGUAUUCCACUAAGUUAUGUCUUGCAGAGAUGGACAAGACGUGGUAGGUCAAAGUGUCAACAACCAAGUCUUACCCAAGUUUGUAGCACCCUAACACAGACAGCUCAGUUUGGUAUACUUAGCUCCUGUUUUAGUGAAAUGUCAUAUUAUGCCUCACACGCGGACAAAGAUUUUGAAGAGGCAAGGGAAAUAGCUUUCCAGCUGACAUCGCAGAUGAAAAAAUGUUGGGCAAUGAGAAAAGAAGGUGACGCAGAGGUUGGGGACAGAAAUAUUGCACCCAAACUAUAUGGCGUUGGUGAUCCGAAUGUAGUGAAGACCAAAGGGAACCUCGGAGGGACAUCUUCUAUGGGUAAACCUCCAAAACCAAGGCGGUGUGGGUAUUGUAGGAGCAUCGGACACACGAAGCGGACGUGUAAAAAAUUGGCUUCAAGCAGCCAGAGAGAGGGUAGCAACUCAGACAGUGAACCAUUCAUGAACACAGAGUUGGAUCCCCACAAGGAUGAUAUCGAUGAAUUGCCAAAUUAUCCAAAUGAUCCAAUGUAG